AUGGAUGAAGAAGAUAUUAUUGUCAAUGAGGGGAAUGAUGGUAGCAGGAGGAGAAAAAAGAAGGAAUCCAAACGUGAAUCCAGUAAGAGAACAAGGUAUGCAGAUCAGGAUCCUGAACUUGAAAACUUCAGACGUCCUUGUAAUCACAAUGGCCCCACAUAUGAGUGUGCCAAAGUGGAAAUGGAAGAUAUUUCGAGAAUCAGGAAAGACUUUUACGAAGAAGUCGACAAAAUACGACAGGAUAUUAAGCUAUGUCACUUUAUAUCCGUUAUGCCUGUCAAACGACAUAGAUCUACUCGAGAAAUCAAACAAAGGAAUGCAACAGUGGCUUAUUUGCUCAAAUCUCGCAAAACUACAAUGAGAAUUUGCAAAACGUUUUUUAUCGCCGUAUUUGGAGUAACAAAUCAGAGAAUAGCUACAGUUUCUAAAGCAUUAGAAGAAGGUGCAGUUCCAAAAGAGAGAAGAGGGGGAGACAAAAUUUCUCACAAAAUUGCUUCAAAGAAAGAAAAAGUUCGCUCAUUUAUUGGACAACUGCGUGGUAAAGAAAGUCACUAUAAUCGGUCCAAAUCAAAACGUAUUUAUUUGUCAGCAAAUCUUUCUGUCGCAAAACUACAGAAGUUAUACAAUCGAAAGUGUGGAGCUGAAUAUCGUGUAAGUUAUGAUAUGUUUAGGAACGUCUUCAUCAAUGAUUUCAAUAUUGGAUUCUCAUCGCCCGCAUCUGAUGUUUGUUCUAAGUGUACAAGGUUGCAGCAGCAACUGAAACAUGAAAAUGAUCUUGAAAAAAAGAAGGAAAUCAUAAUAGAAUACCGAAUACAUAGAAAAAGAGCGAACACUUUCUUUGAACUAGCUAGAGAAAAUCCUGACAAUACCAUCUCUUUCUGCUUCGAUCUACAACAGGUGCAGCCUUUACCUCGUACACCAAUAGGAGAUGCCUUUUACGCCCAUCAAAUCAGCUGGUAUGCUUUCUGCUGUGUUUCAAUGACUUCAAGAAAUCCAACUUUCUACGUCUGGACUGAAGAUUUAGCUGGAAGGGGAGCCACACAAAUUGGUUCAGCAUUGAUGCAUCAUCUAGAUGGUCUGAAUUUUGAUGGAAAGCACUGCAUCAGACUAUUUUGUGAUGGUUGUGGGGGACAAAAUAAAAACUCUCACAUCAUUCACACUUUGAUGUACUGGCUGAAGAAUAAGUCCCCAGAAAAUAUUUCGGAAAUAAUAAUAACAUUUCCUGUAAGAGGACACAGCUUUCUUCCUGCUGAUCGGGCAUUCGGAAGAGUUGAGAAAAUUUUACGACAAAAUCCGAUCGUUACACAUAAAAAAGAAUACGUGGAUUUGUAUUCUGAAGUGGGUACUGUGCAAUCACUUGGUUCUGACUGGAAGCUCUAUGACAUCAAGGAGCUAGAAAAAACGUUCAAAAAAAUCAAGGGAAUAUCAGAGUGUAAGAGAAUUUCUGUGAAAAAAUUCGAAACCAAUAACAAGGUCAAUGUUAGAGUCCUCCUGAACCACAACUUGAAGCGAUCAAAUAAAGUAGAUGAUGAAUCAUUGCCGGUUUUUUCAUCUAGCCAUGAAGUUAUCCACAUUGAACAUGAAGAAGAGCUCACCAGUGUUAAGGAUAUAUUACUCAAGAUUCAAAGGAAUGUUAAGGAAGAUAUAACAUAUUUCAAUGUCUACCGUAGAGAAAUUUUCAAUUGUAGUAUCCGAACACUAAAGAGGAAGGAGUUUGAUCCGUAUAAUACAAUCAACGUACUAUUUUCUGAUGUAGAUGGUAUUACAGAAGGUGCAAUCGGUGUAGGAGGCCCUACACGAGAAAUGUUCCGCUUGCUGAUAGACUAUCUGAGAGAUUCCCAACUGUUUGUUGGAGAAAAUUUGUAUUCAGCUAUAAUAAAUGGUAUUGAAAACUGUGAACCUUCCUACUCCUUCAUUGACGAAGAUAUAGCAUCUAAAAUUAAACACAUUGAAACUCUGUAUAAUCUUGAAGAGAUCAACAAUUAUAUUAUGGAGGAUCAGAUUUUUAGCAUUGCUGGUAUUUAUCAUAUUGACCAACCAGAAGAUAGGGCUAGGGUGAUGAAAGAUAAGAUGAAAGACGCCAAAAAUUUCAUCAAACUCCUGAUAGAAGAACUUUAUAUCAAUGUGAAUCGUAAUGUUGCCGAGUCACAAAUGCAAAUAAAGAGGAGAAAGCAUGUUGAACUACCAAUCGUAGAAGAUAAAAAGCUUCUAAGGUCAUAUACUAUCACAAAACGUGACUCGGCUUUUGAGAAACUAUUGAUUGAAUAUGAUAAUGAUGCUUGGCUGACUUUGGCUGAAUCUACUCUGCUUUCAAUGCAAAUUUUCAAUAGAAGACGACCAGGAGAAUUAGAGAGAAUCCUUAUAGCUAAUUUCAGUAAUCACCAGACGAUCGAAAGUACAGAUAGAGAUCUUUUCAAAUCCCUAUCUGAGGCAAACAAAACCAUAGCUAAUAAAUAUAUGAGAUUUGAAAUAAGGGGGAAGUUGAAUCGAACUGUAUCUGUGUUAAUUGAUAACAAUAUGCUGCCUUGA